AUGGCCACCAAAGUCUCAGUGCAAAACGUGUUCAGAGCCUUUCUCAACUAUGCUAUCAACUCCAUACCAACUCAAACGGGUAUCAGCGUAACUUCCGCGGCGCCUGGAAGUGUCGGACAGCGGCCAUUCACCAAUAAAGCUGGAGUACUCAAACUACUUUUCGUUUCCGCCAGCUCGUUGUACCUCGGCGGGUUGAUCGCUCACAAAGGAGCUUCUUAUUUGGAGGAGAAUGAGAUUUUCGUGCCAACCGAUGAGGAUGACGACGACUAA